AUUUGAUUCAAUUAAUUCUAUUUUCAGUGAAUUUUACGAAUGAUUUCAAUAUAUAUUUUUAUAUAUGCAGUAAACGAAAAAUCUAUUUACAUGUAUAUUGUGAAGGUGUUUAAUUAUUUUUAAAGCUCACAAAGAGUACAAAAUAUGAAUAUUUGUAAUUUCUGAACACACAUUGCGCAUAAAAUUUUGUUCAAAUGGUUGACCAACCUGAUUUUGUUGUCUUGCAAUAGGCGAUGGUAACAAAAUGAUAUGUUAUAUAUUGAUAUUUUUGUUUUAACUCAAGAAGUUUAAAUGAAUUAAAUCUUCAAGAUUGUUAAGUGUUUUUGUUUGAAUGUUUCUCUGCUUCUAAUUACUGCAACAGACAUGUUUUAGUUUUGAGAAAACAAUUAUCUUGAGUUCCAAACUAUAAAGAAACAGAAGUGGAAGACCACCUUGUCCUGAAUGAAGUAAUGCAAUGAGCAGUAGUCACCGUACCUAUAGAAGGACUUGCAACAACAACGUUAAUGUUGAUAAGACUAGCAGCACAAGUGCUGGGAUUUUCAAUGAGUGUGAUGAAAGUCGCACUAGUUUUUCUGCAAUUGGCUGCAGAUUGACAUUACCAUCUAUCAGCCCCAGGACAUCUUAUAAUAGAACCAAGUUUCCUAAAGAUAUUAUUUGUAACAGUGGUUUCCCAUCACCUAGAGAUUCACCAAGAACUGUUAAAAGCAGAACACGACCGACUACGAAAACGGGUUCGACUAUAGGACAAGCUGCUUCUAAGGGAUGUAGGAGUGCACGAUAGGGGGGUCUGGCCCGUCUUGUGCCAUUCCUGAGGGUGAAGAUGCCAUGGACGAACGAAAAGAACCCUUGCCAGGACCUGCACAUCCAAAGUGGAUGAAAACAUGAAUCCAUAUAAAAUUAUCCUUCAACCUUGGCUGUCUUAUUACACUUAAAUGUUAAAUAAGAGUAUGGUCAUUUUCUUCAAUUUGUUCCUUCUUGGAGUCCUCAAUUUUCUCUCUCGUUUGGCACAACAUGUGCCGCUGCCCAAGGUGUUUGGUAGAGGGAGGCGUGCAGAAGAAAUAUCACCUCCCGGUAAGCCAGUACCUUCCAACGACACCAAUACCAAUGAAAGUAAAUCAGCCCCUAGAGUUGUUGUAGGGUUACCACCUACCAAAGAAGGUUUAAAACUCCAGACUGAGACAUCCUCUGUCUUUCAUGCCAAAGAUGACCAAGGCCCUGUACUCACCCCUGAGGCAGAAGUUCCUGGAGAAAUUCCACCCAGUCAAGCACAGGAAGAUGAUGAAGAAAAAGCUAUCGGGGUUUCACCUGAUGGCAGAUUUCUUAAGUUUGAAGAAGAAAUAGGACGUGGUAGUUUUAAAACAGUUUAUAAAGGUUUGGAUACUGAAACUGGUGUGGCUGUGGCAUGGUGUGAAUUACAGGAGAAAAAGCUCAAUAAAAAUGAACGUCAAAGAUUUAGGGAAGAAGCAGAAAUGUUAAAAGGAUUACAACAUCCAAACAUUGUGAGGUUUUAUGAUUAUUGGGAAGUUACCCUUACUAAAAGAAAGUAUAUAGUAUUAGUCACAGAACUGAUGACUUCAGGAACCUUAAAAACGUAUUUAAGACGUUUCAAGAAGAUAAAUCCUAAAGUUCUGAAAUCUUGGUGUCGACAAAUACUCAAAGGAUUAUUAUUUCUUCAUUCAAGAUCACCUCCUAUUAUCCACAGAGACCUAAAAUGUGAUAACAUAUUUAUUACUGGUACAUCAGGAAGUGUGAAAAUUGGUGAUUUAGGACUUGCUACUUUAAAGAAUAGAUCAUUUGCAAAAUCUGUUAUUGGUACACCCGAAUUCAUGGCACCUGAAAUGUAUGAAGAGCAUUAUGAUGAGAAUGUCGAUGUCUAUGCUUUUGGUAUGUGCAUGCUGGAAAUGGCCACAUCAGAAUAUCCCUAUUCCGAAUGUUCAGGUCCUGCCCAAAUUUAUAAAAAAGUUAUUAGUGGAAUAAAACCUCAAAGCUUUGAAAAAGUAGAAAACCCAGAAGUGAGAGAAAUUAUUGAGCAAUGCAUAAGGCUAAAAAGAGAAGAAAGACCUGGUAUAAAAGAACUGUUGAACCAUGUAUUUUUUGCUGAUGAUAUUGGUUUGAAACUUGAACUUGUAUCUAGAGAAGAGGUAAUUGCAAGUGAUUCAUCUAAAAUAGAGUUUAGGUUGAGAGUAUUGGACCCCAAAAAAAGAAGUAAUAAAUACAAGGAAAAUGAAGCGAUUCAAUUUGACUUUGAUGUGGAAUCUGAUAAUGCUGAGGAGGUUACUAAAGAAAUGGCCAAAAGUGGAAUAAUAAAUGAUGAAGAUUCACGUUCUGUGGAAAAGAUGUUGAUUGCUCAAAUCAUUUCAUUAAAGAAAGCUAGGGAGGAUCGUAAACUUCUUGUAGAACAUACAUUUGAGGAUGAGUUACAUAUUGGAACACAAGUUGAAGCUCCAUCUCAGAUAAAUCCAGGUUUCGGAGAUACCACAAAUAGUCAACAGCCAGUAUAUGGUCAGUUAGGAACUGAGUAUGUUCCUACUUACAGCUCAGAUAUGUAUGGACAGACUGAUAAGUAUGUACAGGAUUCAAUGAUAGUUUCAUCUAUGCAGUGCCAGCCUGUACAGCAUCCUGAUGUAAGUCAAGGCUAUCAAGAACCAUCUCAGGAUAUACACUUUGCUUUAUCCCAAGCACAACCUUCUCAGAUGCAUUUUCCUGUAUAUGACACUAUGGCUACUGAUAAUAUGCAACAUAGGAUAUCUACAAAUGUUCCUCCACAAGUUAGUGAAAAUAUGCAACAUAUGCUUUCUCAGGUACAUCCUCAUGGAGGACAGAUUCAAGACAAUCUUCAAAAUAUUUCGUCAAACAUUCCACAACAUACCAUUCAGUCAGACAAUUUGCUACAACAGCCACAGAUUCAGCAGUCAGAAAUGCAACAUCGUAUAUCUCACAUACAACCACCUCAGAUUCAAGUUGAUAUAAAUAGAAUUUCAUCUAAUGCACCUCCAUACGAAUCAACUUCGGAUAACCAAGGGCGAAUUCAGUUACAGCCAUAUGAUCAUUCCAUUAGUGGUGAGCAGUCGCAUCAGGUUACAUCCUCUCAAAGUGCACAAUACCAAACAUCAAAUUAUGAUCCUUCGCACAUUCAAACACACCAGCUUCAUCCCACACAGCAAAUUAAUUCUCAACCAACCCAAACUCAAAAUGUUGAUCAAUUCUCUCAGUCAGAUUUACAGCCAGGUAUGGCACAAAAUCAGACUCAUGCUCAGCAAAAUCAGCAUUAUGAUUCGCAAAUGCAGGGUGAUUCUCAAAGAUUAUCUCAAAUCCAUUCGCCUUAUGUGCAGCAAUAUGAAAACCAGAAUACUGAUAUUCAACAUAGAGUGUCUCAAGUGCAAGCUCCCUUGGUACAACUCAGUAAUUAUGACUUGAAUCAACAAUCACCAGAAAUUCAAUGUGUUUCACCACAGAUUCAGCCCUCUCAAAUUCAAUCUUCACAACAGAGUGAAUUUGGACAUAGAAUUUCUCAAGUAGUUGCUCCACAUAUACAACAGUAUGACUCUCAAGGUAAAACAGAGGGGCAACAACAACCUUUACAAGUUCUUCCUACUAAUGUUACCCAGCAACAACAAUUUGAACUACACCAGUCACCAACAGAUAUUCAACAUCAUAGAAUUUCUCAGGGGAUACAACCAACUAUGCAACAGCCUCCUCAAUAUGAUUCUCAGGCAGAGUUCAGUAGAGUUCCUCAAAUCAGUCAUAAUCAGAUUUACGAGUCUUUGCCCCAAAAUGAGAUACCGCCUGUUUCUCAAAUACCUUCCUCCCAAAUUUCUGCAACAGUUUACGAAUCAUCUCAACAAACAGACGUUCAGCAUAGAGUUUCUCAAGUAAAUCCUCCUCAAUUUUCCACAUUGCAUUGUGAUUCCUAUCAACAUUUAGAUCAAAGGAAUCCUCAGAUGUUAAUCUCACAAAAUCAACAACAUGAGUCAUAUCGUGUCUCUCAGGUUAUUCCACCAAUACAGCAUUAUGAUUCAGGUAACCAGAGGCUUUCACAAGGUUUACCUCCAACUUUGCCUCAACAGUAUGAAAUAGCUCAACAACCUGAUUUGCAAGCAAGAGUUUCAAAACAUUCUGUUUCCCCCGUUGUUCAACAUUAUGAAAUGCAGGUUACUGGAGAUAAUCCAAUUUCAUCAAACACUAUCACCCUUUCUAAUACUCAAAUGUCCCAGCCACACUCUGAAUCUCAGCCACAGUUUACUACUUAUCAACAAGAUGAAGUAAGAACUUCACAGUAUGACUCACAAGUUCAACAUCAAGCUAUGCAACAUUCUCAGUAUGAAGCACAAAUUCAUCAGGAAACUAACCAAAGAGGGCAACAACCUCAAACAUUUGAAACACAUAUAUCUAAUGAUAUAAACCAGGCUGUUCAAAUUCCUAACAACCAGCCAUUUGAACAAGCUCACCCACAACAAUAUGAUUCAGUUAAACAGGUAGAGGCUUUAGGGCCUAGGAUUACCAACUUACAAAGUCAAAAUCAGAUUUAUGAGAUGAAGAAUCAGGCUGAUGUUACUCAUAGGAUAUCCCAGGUUAUCCCUCCAUCUUUGCCGGGAUAUGAUCAGCUCCAUUCGGAUAUUUCUAAUUUUCCACAAAACCAGAACCAAUCAGCUCGGUAUGAACACCAACAGCCUGACCUUUCUCAAAUUCUUUCUCCAAAUCCUCCUCAGUCUCAUUUUGAUGGUAAUCAACCCAUAAAUAGUCAUAGAAUAUCACAAGAUCAGUCUCCUUGUUUGAUUCCUCAUCAAGAAUCUCAAAAUCAAAUUGAAAGUCAGAGGAUUUCUCAAGUGCAACCUACUCAUCCUCUCAACCCGACACCAUAUGAUCCACAGAUGCACAGUGAUAGAGUUUCACAGGUUCAGGUUCCUAAUAUCCAUCAAACAGCCCAGCCCGUUCAGUCUGAAAACUCUCCAAGCCAGCCAGUUCCUUCUCUACAACAGUUACAGUUUAACCAACCUCAGUUAAAUGAUGGUUUGGUUCAUUCUAACAUGUCAUAUGAUCAAACUCAAAUUCAAAAUGAGACUUUGAUGGCUGCCUCUCAAAAACCUCAAUUUAUAUCUCAACCAAGCUGUGACCAAAUGGUAUUGUCGACUCAACUUUCUCAAGUUCAGCAUGAGUUAGAUCAAAGUAGGAAGUAUGAAAUACCGCAACAUGUCCCUCUUGUUCAAAUAAUUCAACAGCCAUGCCAUCCAUCACAACAACCAGACCAUCGGGUGUCUACAAUUGAAACUCCGAUUAUUCACCAAACUCACCAAGGUGAUUUAACUCUUGCAAUGCCUGUCUUACCUUCCCAAGUGAAUCAAAUAGGUUCAGAUUUAUCAAAUCAGAACCAUACCCCUCAAAAUGUGCUGGGUACUGAAAACCAACAAUUACCCUCAACACUAAAUCAGUAUGAUCACACAUCUAACAUUCAUUUAUCUCAAAGUGAAACUGUUCCAAAAAAUGAUAUCCCUCAAAGAAGUCAAAGUUUUACUUCAACUGAACCUCCUUCACAAAUACAGCUGGACAGCCUUCACAGAAUGUCAGUAGUUAACCCUCCACAGUUAAAUCAGAAUUACCAAAGAAACAUUGAGAAUAUACAGACAUUUAAUAUGAUUCCACAGGCCCAAUUUGUUUAUGAUAAUACUCAAGCUGAAAACUUACCGCAUAUGGCUAAUCAAGAUCAAUCAAAAUAUAGCAUAGGGCCUUCUAUUCAAUCUCAAGUUCAAUUACCAUGUUAUCAAACACAACAAAAUGUUUGUAAUAAGUGCAUGCAAUUUUCCUGUAAUCAUGAGUGUGGACAGACAAAGAUUUCUCCAGAUGAACUUAAUAAUGAGUUACAUUCAAACACACUUGUUAUACAAAAAAGUGAAAUAACAUUAACCGAUGGUGUUGAACAGAUACCUCAGUUUCUUUCUCAGCAACAGAGUGGAGUAGCAUCGUAUGAACAGAAAUGCAAUCUAGUUGGUAUGAAUAAUAUGCCACAGUUGCCCAGUAACCAGGUCUCUGCUUUGCCUUAUAAUGAUCAAAAUGUGAUAGGUAUCCAAAGUAAUCAAGAUAUGACUCUAUCACAUCCAAAUAUUCCAAGUUUACAAAUACCGCAAUUAACAUCACACCACAUGAAUGAGUUAUCUAGAAAUCCACCACAGGAUAAUUAUACGGAGUCUACUUUUUCAUCUAAUCAGUUUCAUUUGAAUGAAGCCUCAACUCCAUUAAAUACUGAUGCUGGAAUAGCUCAGAAAGUUGGUCAGUUCUUAGGAAGGCAGGUUUCUGUUGAGCAUGAAUUGGCACUUCCUCAGGUUCCAAUAUCUCAUAGCGAAUCAUCAAAUGAGAUGCUGAGUCCUCCAACUCAAUUGCAGCUGUCCCACAGUUCUCCAGCUCUUGGAUCAGAACCUCAGAUUUCCCAGAUAAGUGGCGAAAUGGAUUCCGUAAUAACUGAAUUGCAUCCUCCAAGCAGUCAUUCUCAAAUUUUGACUCAAAGAGGGCAACGAAGCAUCAGUACAGUAAUACCACCCAUGGCUCAGUCAGCUGACUCUGACUCAGCCAAUAGAAGGCAUUCUGCUGAAGCUGUGCCUUCAUCUAAUGAAAUUUCAUCAGCUGAUGGAAAUAUUGGUGAUCUUCAGGGACCUGAAGAAAGUGGACAGACUUCACAUGACGGGGUCGAGGCAUCAAAACGUGUCAAGAGAAGAAGCAGAGCUAGUGGUCCUAAACUGACAGUUUUAUCAGCUAGUGAUGGUAAUGUUGAAUGUCAGUUAGACACUGGAAAACUAAAGACUGUCACUUUCAGAUUCUCUAUGGAUGACGUGAAUCCUGAAGAUAUUUCCAACAACCUUGUGAUGGAGAAACUCCUUGGUAAUUCACAAGCUGAUCUUUUAGUGGAACAGUUAAACGAAAUUAUCAAACAGCUGAGAUCUGAUCCUGACAAAAUACCUGUCCUUGAACCUCCACCUAGCCCUGCUAGAAAACCUCUGUCCACUAGGAGAGACGAAAGUCCUCCACCAUCUGAGGAUGCAAAGCCAAGUCCGAACACAACCCCUAUGCGAAAGAUAUCUCGAUUUCUUGUUAGUCCAGUGGUUGAAUCUCCUACGAAAGUUGUUGCACCUAAGGAAGUUACAGGAGUUGAAGAAAGCCGUAAAAUAAGUGAAGAGAGUUAUAAAAGCAAUGAUUCCCACAACCAAGAAGUGGAUACCCUUGAAAACGUAGAAAGCAGCCAGGAAAUUAAUCCUCAUACAAAGUUGUCACAUCAUAAUUCACUCGAGAAUACUGCUAGCGGAGUUUCUUCAAGUAUAGUGGAUCUUCAUCAGAAACUUUCCCAACUUACUUCUCAGAGUGAAAUAUCCUUAGGAGGUACUCCCCCUUCUCAUCCUCCAACACCUCAUCUUCAAAGUUCUUAUGAUGCAUACAUGCACACAUUGCAACAGAAACUUCAUUCAAUAUCUGCUGGUUCUCCUUCAUACCCUAGUGGUGCUACCUCACAGAACACUCAAGGUUCAACUCAGUCUCAGCCAGUACCAGUUGGAACUGAUAAUCAAGUGGAUGCCCCUAUUCCAGAUUGUGAUGUCCAUCCUUCUGAAGCUGAACAAAUUGAAUUGAAACCAGCUGUAACUUGUUCUCACACCAGCUUCAGUUACUCUGAAUCUGGUAUCAGCUCUCCUGUUCUGAAAGAAGAGAGAAUGAAGAGGCAUACAUCCCAUAAUUUACAUAAUUUAGAACAGGAAUUGGUAAAGUGCAUGUUAAAUAGUAAAAGUCACAGCAGUCUUCCAUCUUCUACUACAUCUUUAGCUCAUAUAACUCAACAGCUUAGCGAUACAAAUGAGGGUGAUGGAGAUACUUCUUCCUCUCCAGUUAGAAAAGUAUCUAGGUUUCAAGUUAGUUCAGUUCCCGAGAUCAUUCCAACUCCAGUUGUUUCAGAAGCUCAAAAAUCUGGGGUACUGAGUCCAACUAGUAGUUUAGCAGCUAAGAUUGCCAGUAUCUUACCUACCUACCACCAUCAGGGUGUGCGGCGUUGGCCUAGCGAAGGAAGAUUGCACUGUGAGGAGAAGCGACCUUCCAGGAGGCAGCCCCGAACCCUUGGCUGUGGAGAGAUCCUUCACUACAGCCCUUGGCUCCUCAAUAAGGCCAAGAUCACACAAGAGGAAGAUGUAGAAAAAUGCAAUCACGAACUUCAUGCUCUUCUUCAGAGGCAAAAACUUGAGUUGGAAGCAUUACAGCAGAAGCAUAGGGACGAAGUAGAAGCUCUGUGUAAACGGCUUUCUCUGGCUAUCCCUUCUGCACUCGUGCAUCAUGGUCAGAUUGACUGCAGUAUGGAGGGAUACUCGACAGCGCUUCAGUCACCUGAACAAGUCUGCUCUCGUGUAGCCUCUCCCACUCCGAUGCAAACUGUUAAUAAAUCUUCUGAUAAUGAUAAAGGCUAGUCCGCUAAUGCUUUAAUUCUGUGUUAAAUAUUUAUUAUUUUAAAAUUGAAUGUAUGUAUAUAUAUGUUUAUAUACAUAUAAAAUUAUUUAGUUGCAAUAAAAUUUUAGAUUAUUCUCAGCAUGAAUUAAAUUUUAAUAGUUUAAUUUCAACAAAAUAUUUUACUUUUUUUUUAAUCUCUAUUUAUUUACAAUUAUCAUUUUAUGUAUGUAAGUUAGCAAAACAGAAUUUUGUUCAUUCAUAAAUUUAAGAAAUGGAUCCUUUUAAAAUGCUAGUCCACCUUCUUUUAUUGGUUUGCUAUGGCUUUUUACGCAAUAUAGACUAAGCUGUUUUAUGUUAUUAUAUCUUUAUUAAAUCAAUUUUUAGGAAGAUAAAUUGUAUUAUAAAUUUGCCUAAAUAUUGUUUAUUAUAAUUACUGUAUUAACUUUUAAGACUGAGAUAGUGAAAGUAUAAAAAUUUGAUUGUUAUAUUGUAAAUGAAAUGUUCAGAGUUUUAUUUUAUUGCCCCUAUUAAUUUGAGGAAAGGAAUUAUAUAUGUAUAUAAAUAUUCAUUUAUAUUUAUAUACAUAUGUGCUCUUGUAUAUAGAAAUACACAAUUGUAAUUAUAUAUUUAUGUUUAGACAUAUUUAAUAUUCUGGUUAAAAAUAUCCUGUAUUAUUUUGAGAAGCUUGAAUUAUAUUGUAAUUAGUUAAAUUCAUAUAAUUUAUAGUAAUAUAAUGCAAUUAUUUAAAUUAAAUCAAUUAAAUUUAAGUUCAGUAAAUGUUUAAUUUUUUUUCUCCUUUGGUCAAUGAAUACUUGUGAAAUAUUUUGUUAUUUAUUUUUAUUUUAUCCAUAAUAUUAUCUACCUUAACAUAAAUUUAUAUGAAAAAUAAUCACAAUAAAGUUCAUAAUUAAUUACCUGACUAAGGUAAAGCAACACCAGGGUACUUGAGUUGGUCACUAUAGUGUAUGUAAAUGAUUGUUUGAGUGGAUGGUUAGACCGAUUUUUUAUGUUCGAUGUUUCAAAUUAUUCUAUCAAAUCCCAUGAGUUUCCAAAUUUCCAAUCUGGGCCCAAAUUAAAAAUUAUUGUAUAAAAUGUGUUUUAAUUAUUUAAUCCACUAAAAUGUAUGUAACAAUUUUUUUUAGCGCUUUUUCAAGUUUUUGCUAAUAUCUGAAAAGAAGAGAAUAAUCAGUUGAAAAAAUAAGAACUAUUAUUUAUAGGAUUAUCGGGAUCAUACUCCUGGAAAGAGCCAAUUACACUUCUAAUAUUUUGCAUAUAUUAUCUUCUUUUAAUUACUCUUCCAAAACAAAUAUUCAGAUUGUUCUUAUACAAAUUACUACUAUUCAUUUUAUCAUUAUAGAUUUUAUCUCACGUGACCAAUUUUGUUUGACCUUCACGUUUAUGAAGGGAGAGAAUGAAAAACUUGAUUAUUUAAAAAUUAUUUUUUUCUCAAUCGUUAUAAUCGAGUCAGAAGUGAUUAUUAAUUAUUAAUAAAAUAAUUAAUAUUACUAUAAAGUUAAUUUUUAAUGCAA